CUCAGGCUUUCGCAGUGAAGAAGACAGGUCUGGAAGGAAGACGGCACGGCCCUGCAAACAGCAAGCUGAGACGGGCAACGAUGGGGAGCGUCGCAGAAGAGGAGGUGUACGAUUUCUUCAGCACAGAGCUGGAAGCGAUUCGCAAUGGAGAGGUGGAGAAAGGGCCGAUUGAUUCGGGAAAGCUGCUGGAGGCACUGGGUUUGGGUGAGCUAAACGCAGCUUCGUUGAAGGAGCAGCUCGAGGAUCGAUUCUUGAGACCCAAGACGAGCGUGGAUGAGUCCCUUUUGGGGUCUGCACAAGUACAAUGGGAGAGGAAAGCAGACCUAGCCAGCAUGCUCCCGAUGCAGCCUACACCGUUCCCCACGAAACUUGUCCUCGACCGCGUCGAUCUCGACGGGGACAUCGUCGGCCUGCGAGAAGCUCCAUCUCGACCAGUGCGGAGUACCGUCAAGCUCAUACCGUCCGCUUCGUCAUCUUCUGUUGCAGGUGGAAAGGCAGGGGGAAUGGUGACGUCAGUCACGAGAAAUCCUGCGUCGAGCGCGGCAUCAAGCGCGGCCCACUUUGUGCGAGGAAAGGUGGGCCAGACGAUGUUUGCACCGGGCGGGCUCGAGGACGAAGUCCUGGCAGCCUAUGGGGGAGGUGAUGAUGAAGCCGACGAGGCGAGAGCGCAAGAGGAGCAGGAUGAACUGGCGAGACAAGUCAAGCAAAUCGAAGACGAGAUCGGCAGAGGGAUUGGCCUCAGUUACGUCCCUCCUGGUUUCACACGGGGGUAUCGAAAGGGAGGCGCGCCUAAGGAAGAAGAGCUGGCCCAGGCUGACGAGGAGGGGGAACAAGAAAAUUUUCGGACAAUUGCGUCGUCUUCCAAUGCGGCUCAAGGUCUUCAUGCGCUGCCCUCAAGCAGUUACGAUGCUCUCGAGGCGAAACACGGGCGUACCAAUGGCUUGCACACCAACGGUGACGCUGCUGCACCCACGUCUUCGUCUCAGCGUAGAAAUAUGGACGCCGAUCUUGAUGAGCUUCUCCCCGCAGAGCGGCCUGCUCGAGCUCACCGCCAGAAUCAGGCAGGGCGACAUAACGCGAAAAGGGAGUGGGCCCAUGUCGUCGAUGUCAAUCAGAAAUUCUCAAACUUCAACGAGCUGGUGCCCGACCCAGCAAUGCGACAUCCCUUCGAGCUGGAUCCGUUCCAAAAGGAGUCAAUCUACCACAUCGAACAGGGUGACUGCGUCUUUGUCGCUGCUCAUACGUCGGCGGGCAAGACGGUGGUGGCAGAAUACGCGAUUGCAUUGGCGGCAAAGCACAUGACCAGAUGCAUCUACACGAGUCCUAUCAAGGCCCUCAGCAAUCAGAAGUUCAGGGACUUCAAGCAGACCUUUGGUGCGCAGAACGUGGGAAUUCUCACCGGCGACGUACAAAUCAAUCCAGAGGCACCUUGUCUCAUCAUGACAACAGAAAUUCUGCGAAGCAUGCUCUAUCGAGGUGCCGACCUGAUCCGAGACGUAGAGUUUGUCAUCUUCGAUGAGGUGCACUACGUCAAUGAUCAAGAGAGGGGUGUCGUUUGGGAAGAGGUCAUCAUCCUUUGCCCGCAGCACAUCAACCUCAUCCUCCUCUCGGCGACGGUGCCGAACACCAGGGAGUUUGCUGACUGGGUUGGUCGGACGAAGAAGAAGGACAUCUACGUCAUUAGCACGCCCAAACGCCCAGUGCCUCUGGAGCACUUUCUCUAUGCAGGCAAGGACCUCUUCAAGAUUGUCGACGCUAAAGGGCAGUUCCUCAAUGGCGGGAUCAAAGAUGCUGGAGAGUCUAUUAAGAGGAAGCAGGAGAAGGAAAGGGAGGCGGCGGGCCUGCCACCACCCCAGAGAGGUGGUGCCAGAGGCGGAGGUGCAGCGGGUGCAAAUAGCCGCGGUCGCGGCCAGCGCGGCGGCAUGCAACCCGGACGAGGAGCAGCACUGGCCGGUCGGGGUCGAGGUGGCGGCAAUGUUGGCAGUGGACGACAGGCUGGAGGCGGUGACCGAUCCAUCUGGAUUCACCUGGUGGGCAUGCUGAAGAAGAAGGAUCUGCUACCGGUCGUCACAUUCGUCUUUUCAAAGAAGCGGUGUGAGGAGUAUGCAAGUAGCAUGCCAAAUACCGAUCUCAACAAUGCCAAGGAGAAGAGCGAGGUGCACAUUGUCAUUGAGAAGAGCUUGACCAGAUUGAAAGGAUCGGACAAGAACUUGCCCCAAAUCUCGCGUAUGCGUGAGCUUUUGGCGCGGGGUAUUGGCGUUCAUCAUGGUGGCCUGUUGCCCAUCGUGAAAGAAGUUGUCGAGCUACUCUUCCAGCGUGGCCUCGUCAAGGUUCUCUUCGCUACUGAGACGUUCGCUAUGGGCGUCAACAUGCCUGCUCGAUCAGUGGUCUUUUCGGGCAUCCGAAAGCACGAUGGACAUGGCUUUCGUGACCUGCUUGCAGGAGAAUACACUCAGAUGUCGGGGCGAGCAGGCCGGCGCGGCCUCGAUGCCACAGGUGUCGUCAUCAUCAAUGCUGCAGAUGAGCUGCCUGAGUCUGGCCGGCUGAACAAGAUGCUGCUUGGCCAACCGACAAAGCUGCAGAGCCAAUUUAGGCUGACUUACAACAUGAUACUCAACCUAUUGCGUGUCGAGGCGCUCAAGGUCGAAGAAAUGAUCAAGCGAUCCUUCUCCGAAAAUGCAUCGCAGAGACUCCUACCGGACCAGCAGGACAAGAUCAAGAAAAUCGAGGGACAUCUGGCGAGCCUACCGGCCAUGCCCGACGAGGAGAGGGCCAACCACCUGAGUCGAUAUUACGACCAGUGCGCCAGUGCUGUCGCGUCCAAUCUCGCCAUGCUCAACUUGGCCUUGGAUCAUCGACAGGGCGCUAAGAACAUGGCGACUGGUCGCAUCGUCAUCCUCAGAGACACGCAUUUUGAUUUUGACGUGGCUGUCCUGGUCAAGGCUGUCGCUUCGCGAGAAUUCCUCGUCCUGGCUGCCGUGACAAAGGAGCGCAAGGAGGGCAAGCUCGAUGCAAAAUCAGAAAGGGUCGCACCAAGGUGGCCGCCCGCACUAAGAGACAGAAGCCAGGAUCUCGUUUAUGAUCUGAGAGAGGUACCACUGUCGAGCAUCGCUCUUCUCACAGACUACACCAUCAAGAUUGAGCAGUCGAUGAUUAUGGCGCUUCGCAUCUCGGCAAUGCAGCGCACUGUUGAGCAGAUGAUGCCCCUGAUUUCGCAAAUGGUCGCAUCUGGACCCAUUCCAGAGGCCGACUGGUCCAAAAUUCGCAGCAUGGAGUUCCAAGAAGCGAUGAAGGAGCGUAAGUCGCUCUCGUCGCUGCUCGCUUCGGCGUCAACCGCCGAGGUGACGUCGGAGGAGACUUUCGACCGAGAGUACCGCAUGAUGCACGUCCGCAAGCUCCUCGAGACCGAAAUCUCGUCCUUGAAGAUGAGGCUCUCCGACGAAAAUCUGGAGCUACUGCCCGACUACCAGCAGCGCAUUGAGGUUCUCAAAAAGCUUCGUUUCAUCGAUCCCGUUUCGGAGAGCGUGCUGCUCAAAGGACGAGUGGCUUGCGAGAUCAAUUCUGCAGACGAGCUCGUCUUGACAGAGCUCGUGCUCGACAACGUCUUUGGCGACUAUAGCCCUGAGGAAGUUGUUGCUCUCCUCAGCGUAUUCGUGUUUCAAGAACGCCAACCCGAGGGCCAGGAGUCGGAGCCAUUCAAAGAGGGGACGAAACUGGAACAAGGGUACGAGACGAUCCUCAAGACGGCAGAGCGGGUCGAGCAGGUGCAGAGCACGCAGAGAGUCAACUUUGACAACUUCGAGACGAAGCUCAAGACGGGCCUGGUCAACGUCGUCUAUGAGUGGGCUAGAGGAGUGCCCUUUGAAAAAAUCGCGGAGAUGACAGAGGUGGCUGAAGGGACAAUCGUAAGGGUCAUCACUAGGCUCGACGAAACGUGCCGAGAGGUCAGAGACGCGGCGAGAGUCAUUGGCGACGCCGACCUCUUCGAAAAAAUGGAGGUGUGCCAGCAACUCAUUCGUCGUGAUAUUGUCUUUGCCGCAAGCUUGUACUUCUGAUCACCAAGCAACAAAAGUUCCACGCAAUGAAGUGAGAAAGCAAGAAGAGAGGUAGGAUGCAUAAUCGAAAGGGUGUGACAAUCGAUGAUAUUUGAGACCUAGAACUCGCCCUAGAAUCAUUAAAGCAUCGAUCGUCAGCGGUGAUUAGCGCCAGGAAGGGAGAGAGGCCGGUGACUUACAAAGUAGCUCGACUUCUUGAUGCGGCCCUGUGAGAGCGCCGGAUACUGAAAAGU